CGGCAGCGUGCGGCGCUAGGGGCUCUCGGCCGGGCUGAGCGACAUGGCGGCGGCAGGCAGGGGGCGGCUCGUGCCCGGGCUGGCGCUGCUUCUCCUGCUGCUGCUGGGCGAGGUGGUGGGACCUGGAGCCUGGGCGGCCCGGAGCCGCGGCGCCGACAAGCAGAACAGCCUCCGCCGGGCGGCCAGCGGCAUCUACCAGGGGGUGAGCAGCCUGUUCGGCGAGGAGAACGUGCGGGCCCUGCAGAAGUUUUUCUCUAGGCUGACGGAAAGAUUUGUUUACGGUGUGGAUGUAUUAGUAGACACCUUCUGGAGAAUAUGGACUGAUGUGCUGGAUGUUCUUGGAAUUGAUGCUUCCAACCUGACUCAUUAUUUCAGCCCUGCAGCAGUUGCCAACAACCCUGCCCGUGUUCUUCUGCUGAUUGGUGCUGUUUUACUUGCUUAUUGGUUUUUGUCUGUCUUCCUUGGAUUCUUCUUCUGUCUCUUACAUAUGCUGUUUGGUCGCUUCUUCUGGAUUGUAAGAGUUGCUCUGUUUGCCCUCUCAUGUGUAUACAUCCUCCAGAAGUAUGAAGGAGAACCAGAGCAUGCAGUCUUGCCUCUGUGCUUUGUUGUAGCAGUCUACUUCAUGACUGGGCCCGUUGGAUUUUAUUGGAGGAGAAACAGCAGCAGCAGCCUUGAGGAGAAGAUUGACCAUAUUGACAGUCAAAUUAGACUUCUGAACAUACGUCUUACUAGAAUAAUGGAAAACAUGGACAGAGCCAAUGACCAAUGAAAUAAAACCUAUAGAUCACUUGACACCAGCUCACUAGAAGGUUACUAAGCACUAUCUCAUUGAAAGUUACUAAGCAACAAAAUAUCACAUGAUAAAACUGUGCAAUGUUAAAACUUUAGAUCAUGUGUUAAGAAUAAGAGUAAUUUAUCUAGACUAUACACUCAGAAACAUUACACUUGUAAAAUAAGAUAUGAGAUGUUAGCUGUAUAUUCAGAGAAUUUUAUCCAUGACUAGAAUUUUAUCAGUGAAAACGCUUACUUUUACAAGCAUUUAAAAACAUCUUUUUGUAGAGUUUUUAUAAAAGCAGAUUGAGUAGUCUAUUUAAAAUAUUGAAGCUGAGCUGAGCAUUAUGCAAAUUUGACAUGAAAAAAAAAUCUUACUCAAGCUACCAAAUGUUUUUCUUGAGAAGUAGUGAUUGUGGGUCCACAUUUUAAUUUUUUUUACAAAGUUGUGCGCAUUCUAAUUUACUGUUGUCUUAUUUCAUUAUCUGAAGUUGCCUUUCCAUAUAGUAUGAAAAAUGUUCUCAUAUUCAGGCCAAAAAAUAUCAUACCAUAGCUUUUAAUGGCAAGAAGGGAGUUAUUUCAUAAAUCAGAAGCCCUUUAAAGCCACUCCAAAAUGAAGAACCCAUAACACUCUACAGGUAUGUGUUUUUCUUUCUUAGUUGUUCAUAUUAUGGACUUUGCCAUCAGUGUUUUUUUUUUUUGGGGGGGGGGGGGUUGUUUUUUAAAGUGCAGUUUAAUAAAAUAAAAAUUGCUAUGAGGAUAAGAAAUGUAGUGUGCUGGCAAAUUUUCAGUGGCAAAGUAGUUUAUAUUUGAUCUUCACAGUAAAGCAUUUUCCACAUAGGCGUGCAUAGGAAGAAAUAGGUUUUUUUUUUUGUUUUUUUUUUUAAUCUCAGGACCCAUAUGCUUCCUCAGAACAAAAAAUGCAGCAGAUAAAAUACUUCCAAAUGUAUUGUUGCUUAAAGCUUUCUCAGGACCAAUAAGCAGCAAUAAAUCUAUCUUGAGGAAGAUCUGGAUUUUUUUCUAAAAUUUUAAGUCUUACGGGUGCUUUUUGCUUGAAGUCCGUGUCCCCGGUGGAUCUUUGGGGAGGUCAAUCACAUUAUGGAGUGUGUAUAAAAUAGGGGAUUAUUUCAAAGUGAUGUUGGAGAGCUUUGAAGCAACUUUAUUUUGGUGGGUGUAUGUAUUUGUAUCAUUAUCAGACUAUCAUUAUGACACUGACUUUGUAAGAUUUCUUGAAGUGUGUUGAGACAAAGGUAACCUCAGGGAAGAAAGUCUGAGAAAUCAUUUAACUUUUGUAAUGCAGUGCUUUCAAGGGUUUUACGGGGAUCUAUGGUGAGAGAGCAUUUAUACCAUAGCAAUGAGCACAGUUCAAAUACCCAAAUAGGUAAAAUGCACUAUCAUUAUGAAGAACCUGUUUCUAAUAUUUUUAAAAA